GCGGCGCUGUAGAGAGAGACUUCUAGAUCAAACUUCGCCUCCUCUCCAGUCCAGUCUUCACGUUGUCGACCACGGUGGUGGUUCAUACCCGUUCACAUCAGUCCAGGACCCGUCUCAAGGCUCAGAGAUGAGACUCGGGUGGUUUCUGUUGUUUUUCUGUCCUCUGCUUCUUCUCCCUGUAACAGUCAGUGAAGAGCAGCGAGUCCCUGGAGAUAAACUUCUGGUCGUGACAGUUGCAACCAAAGAGACAGACGGCUUCAGGCGUUUCUUGAGGUCGGCCGAACACUUCAACUACACCGUCAAGGUUCUUGGUCAGGGUGAGACAUGGAGAGGAGGCGACUACAUGUCGGCUCCAGGAGGAGGUCAGAAGGUGCGACUCCUCAAAGCGGCUCUGGGAGAAAUGAAGGAUGAGGACAAAGUCAUCCUUUUUAUUGACAGCUAUGAUGUGGUCUUUGCCUCGGGGCCCAAAGAGCUGCUCAAGAAGUUCCAGCAGGCCAAACACAAGGUGGUGUUCUCCUCUGAGAGUCUGAUCUGGCCUGACAGACACCUGGAGGACAAACACCCCCACGUCAGAGAGGGCAACAGGUUCCUGGGGUCAGGAGGUUUCAUUGGCUACCUUCCCAACAUCAAAGAGCUGGUUUCUGAUUGGACGGGUGAAGACAGUGACAGUGACCAGCUGUUCUUCACCAAGAUUUACAUCGAUCCAGCAAAAAAAAAAUCCAUAAAUAUCACUUUGGACAGCAAAUGCAGACUGUUCCAGAACCUGCACGGGGCCCUCGAUGAGGUGGUACUGAAAUUUGAGGACGGUAGAGUACGAGCCAGAAAUGUGCUAUAUGAUACCCUACCAGUCAUUGUCCAUGGGAAUGGACCAACCAAGCUGCAGAUCAACUACCUGGGUAACUACAUCCCCAACUCGUGGACAUUUGAGACAGGAUGCACAGUGUGUCACGACGAUCUUCACCCCCUCACUGCUCUCAAGGAGAGCGAAUACCCACUGGUGGCAAUUGGCAUCUUCAUCCAGCAGCCCACCCCCUUUGUCUCUGUGUUUUUCGAACGCCUACUGAAAAUGCAGUAUCCUAAGAACAGGCUGAAACUCUUCAUUUUCAGCCAGGAACCCCAUCAUGAGCGCCACGUCACCUCUUUCCUGCGGGAUCAUGGGAGCUUAUAUCGGGAUGUCCGGGUCCUGGGGCCUGAGGAGGAGAUGGAUGGAGCUGCCUCCCGCAACCUUGGCUUUGACAUGUGCCGCAAGGACGAGGACUGUGACUACUUCUUCAGUUUGGACAUCGAGGUGGUCUUAAAGAAUGAUAACGUACUCAAAAUCCUCAUCGAACAAAACCUUCCCAUUGUUGCGCCAAUGAUAACUCGAGUGGGUCGACUGUGGAGCAACUUCUGGGGAGCUCUCAGUGCAGACGGCUACUACGCCAGAUCUGAGGACUACGUGGACCUUGUUCAAGGACGGAGAGAAGGUGUGUGGAACGUCCCGUAUGUGACUAACGUUUACCUGGUGAAGGCCAGUCUCCUGCGAACAGAGCUCACCGACUACGAGCUGUUCAACUCUCACAUCUUAGACCCUGACAUGGCAUUCUGCCACAACGUACGCAUCAAGGGAAUCUUCAUGUAUGUGACCAACAUGCACACAUUUGGUCGCAUCUUGUCGACAGAUAACUAUCAGACCAGCCACCUCCACAAUGAUCUGUGGCAGAUCUUUGAAAACCCACAGGACUGGGAGGACCGUUAUAUUCAUGAGAACUACUCGCUCAUUAUGAAAACCAACCUGAUGGAAACUCCGUGUCCUGAUGUCUACUGGUUCCCAGUGUUUUCUGAUAUUGCCUGUAACCACUUGGUUGAGGAGAUGGAGAACUUUGGUCAGUGGUCCGGAGGAGCCAAUACGGACACCAGAAUUCAGGGUGGUUAUGAGAACGUCCCCACCAUUGACAUCCACAUGAAUCAAAUCAACUUUGAUAAGGAAUGGCGUAAAUUCUUACUGGAGUACAUCGCACCCAUAACAGAGAAAAUGUUUCCUGGCUAUUACACACAGGCUCAGUUUGACUUGGCCUUUGUAGUUAGAUAUAAGCCAGAUGAGCAGCCGUCUUUGAGGCCACACCAUGACGCCUCCACUUUCACUAUAAACCUUGCACUCAAUCAAAUGGGCGUUGAUUUUCAGGGUGGUGGAUGCAGGUUCCUCCGCUACAACUGCUCUGUCCAGGCCCCCCGUAAAGGCUGGGCCCUCAUGCACCCGGGCCGCCUCACCCACUACCACGAAGGCCUGCCGACCACUGGAGGCGUCCGCUACAUCGCGGUGUCCUUUGUGGAUCCUUGAAAUCCCAAAGGCAGCGACACCAGCACCGGCAAGUCCAGACCAGAGAGGACACACAUGGUCCAUCACAGCUGCUCUGUAUCCUCUGAUUUUUUUUCCAUUCAUUUCCUAGUUCUGUACACCAUCUAUGACUCAAAGAACUGUCAGCAGCAGCCUUUCAGAGCUCAGAUAUAACCACUCUUCAUUCAAACCUUCAUAGACAACACAAGCUUUUAUCACCAGUGACCUGCAGAUGUCUGAAUGAGAGCAGAACCACAACACAAAUUCAGUGACUCAUCUACACACACAUAUGAGUUCACACUAAGUCGAUUAAGCCUAUCCACUCCACACGACUCUCUCUGUGUUUCUCGGUAUAGCAGGUUUAGAUCUUAUGUGGCCCUGCGACACGCCAGUGCUGCACACCAGAAGCAAUUUGCUUGAUGUCGAGACAGAAAGAGGCAACAGCUGUAUUGCCUAAGUAAAGCAACACUGCGACAAACACAAAAGAAGAGGCCACGACAAGUUUCAGAAGUGAACUCUUCUGCUCGAAAACAACACGGUUGUUCAGUAGUUGAGAUGAGAUGGAUGCUUAUUAGCCCCGCCCACCCCUGCACUACUGGUGAACACACACACACACUCCCUCGGGCAGCAGGUAUGAUUGUAUUGCUUGAUGAAGGAGGCAGCAUAAAAAUAAGGUUUCAUUGUUUCCUUGUUUCCGUUCAUGGAAUUUAACCAGAGGCAGAAUGACAUAAAUGUACACACACAACCUGCAUGUGCAACAAACGAUUACAUUCAAAAGUUACAUUACAUAUUUACUGCUCUGCUGCCCCCUACAUGUUUAAGAAAGUAGCUUUUUCUUUUCUAUGCAGAUAAUGCACUACACAAUCAUAACAAUCCCUGUUAGGAGUGAAAAUGUCUUCCGGGAUAUGGAAUUUACUGAAACUGAAAUGACCACAGAGAGACUUAGGGGAUGAGGAAUAUUCCAGGGUGGGAGCUGAUGUGAAUCCAGUUUCUAAUUGAGUCAUGACUGAAUUGUGCUGUGUGUCAUAUGAAAUAUAGGAAGAGAAGGUGUUUAAGAGCUGUCUUGAGUCUACAGCUUCACUCGACUUUUGUUUUUGGCCACAUCCGCACGGACAAAAUAUAAACAAUCUUUUUGAGAAAGUUUCCUGGUUCAGGAAAUGUCCCCAUCCAGCUUUUCCCUCUCUUUUCUGCGUGGAUGAAACAAAAAAAAAUCUAUGCAGAUUGACCUACACUCAUUUCCGUGUGGACGGACCGUUAGUUACUUGCUCCACUGAGGCCUGUGACAACAGGCCAGUGUUAACUGCUGAGUCAUGGUCGGGUGUUUUUAUUAGAUUAACAGGUAACAAAGAUACAGAGCAGCUUUCUUUUGGAUCAGUCUAAAGACGGUUUGGUCUUGGUCGUGUGGUGCCUCUCAGGAAAUCACCAAAAAUUCACUUCUUUACAUGAUUUUGUGAAAACUUCAUUUCACCAAGUUCACAAAGUGCCUUCAUCUAUUUCAGUUCACUUCUGUUGUGACUCUGUUGAACCGAGACACUCCAAUGCCUGUUACUUAUUUAUUACCUUUUGUUCUUAUGUAUUGGAUUUGCUAAAAACCAAAACUCCAUGUUUUUUUAUAUUUGCAGUUUCACUGCCAUCUUGACAUUUCAUAUUGGAACCAGUGCUGAUGUUUUUUUUUCCCCUUCGUAUUCACUGAUUCUGAUACUCAGUCAGCCGAGUUUACAACAGCAUCAUAUUCACACUUGUCAUUUGUCUCCAUUAAUGUGCUAAACAGAAAAUAAAAGUGAAAAUGCCAAGUGAA